CCUAUCUCCAUGCUAAGACUGAGCUUAACUCCAUAACAUUUCUUCUCUGUCUGUGUGCAACAAUGCCGAUCGAAAUAGCAUUUGGCGCCUUCGACGAUGCAUUCAGCGUCAAGUCCUUCAAGGCUUACCUGGCCGAGUUUAUUUCCACCCUGCUUUUCGUCUUCGCCGGCGUGGGAUCCGCCGUGGCAUACGAUAAGCUGACGUCAGAUGCAUCGUUGGACCCGGCGGGGCUGGUGGCGGUGGCGCUGUGCCAUGGCUUAGCUCUCUUCGUAGCGGUGUCCAUAGCGGCCAAUAUUUCCGGCGGCCACGUAAACCCGGCGGUGACUUUCGGCCUGGCUCUCGGCGGCCAGAUCACCAUUCUCCGGGGAAUCUUUUACUGGGUUGCUCAGCUUGGCGGCGCUAUCGUUGCCUGCCUCCUCCUCAAAUUCGUCACCGGUGGCUUGUCUAUCCCGACACACAGUGUUGCCGCCAGCAUGAGCACCAUUGAAGGGGUGGUGAUGGAGGUUAUCAUUACAUUCGCCCUGGUUUACACUGUGUACGCAACUGCUGCCGACCCGAAGAAAGGAAAUAUCGGGAUCAUUGCUCCCAUUGCAAUUGGGUUUAUUGUGGGCGCGAAUAUUUUGGCGGCGGGGCCAUUUUCUGGCGGCUCCAUGAAUCCCGCGCGCUCAUUUGGGCCUGCGGUUGUGAGCGGCGAUUUUACGGACAAUUGGGUUUACUGGGUGGGCCCUCUCGUCGGCGGCGGGCUUGCAGGGCUCGUUUAUGCAGGCCUUUACAUUGACCGCCAUGAACACGUUCCUGUUCCUCAGGAUUUCUGAACGAGAGCUUAAGAAUUGGGCUUAUGGGCUUCUGGGUGUCUUUUUCUUCAGAAAUAAACGGGGAAAGAGAGAUUGUUUUAUUUUUCUGGCUCUGUAAUUUUUUCUGUGAAGUGUUGUUUCUGGGUCUCAUUGUGUGAGCAUCAAAUGAUGUCAUGGUCUAUGUAAGGAUUUUUAUUGUUUAAUGAUUGUUAAAUAUAGCAGUUCAGCUUUUGUGUUUC